AUGAUCUCCGGAAGUCAUGCCGAUGAUUGGGGGCUGCUAAGUGUGGCAGAUAUCAUUGACAGCGUUGUCGCCACCGACGAUCACGAAGCUGAUGUAUUGACUGACGUUUCCUCUAUGACUUCUGAUGAGGCUAGCGUGCCAAGUUUUCUUUUGGAGGCACCACUGGUGCCAAGUCUGCAGCGCAGCCUUCUUUCUGGUGUGAAGAGGCGCCUUUACGCCCACUCCACGCGUAUCGAGCGUGUGUUUGAACUUCGUUUUAGGAAAGUCAAACUUUCCUUAGUGUCGUCGACGAAAAUUCGCGAUCGAUUGAGUGAAGCCAUUGAGUCGAUGGGGGCUUACCUACCCGCACAAGAUGAACACACAAGUCUGCUAAGCACCAUCGCACUACUCGGUGCCGUCACAGAUUGUGACGAAAAGGGGGUAUACUCAUCAGUGCUGCUCGACAGUGUCGCACAUGUGAACUGGGAUCUUGCUUCAUCGCAAUCGUGUAUGGAGCUCUUUCGCAUUGUCGAAGCACACGCCAGGGAGGAUGAGUUGAAUGAUCAAUUGCGCAUGGCUGUCGCGCGUACGAAGCUCGGUUUGGCGCUGCGCAGCGGUCGCCUGUCCUUGUUACUGAAGUGCUUAGUGGCUCCUUCCGCUCUUCGUACUCUAGACCCUGCCGUGUUUCCGGCCAAGCCAUCGUCGCAGUGCGUCAGCGUCUCGACGGCGACGAUGUCUGAUUUUCUUGUGAAAACCCUUGUGCUGCCCGCUCAGUUCCAGCCGAAGGAUUCGUUGCAAUGCUCGGCGCACGGCCGUACUUUUCUCCUUCUGGGUGACACGCACGUUGCUCGCUACGAAGCCUUGGGAACGAUGGGCACUCGCCUCAUGCAGCGCAGCGUGCAGCAGCUUCCAGGACGGCGCGGGGAUGUUGUUUUAUACCUCAGCGAAGGUGUCGCUCUGUGCAUUCGAGCUCUCGGGCGAGAUGAGCACUUCUGGCACUUUUCUGUUCACCGAGAAGGUCCUGAUGAGGAGUGUCAUGGCCGUCUAGCGUUGCGCACAACUGGCCUCUCGCUGGCGGAGGUGCGCUUCCACUUCUGUGUAGCGGAGAGGAAUGCGCUAUGCUGUCUUGUUUCCUCUCAUCCCCUGCAGCGCACACGCGGCUGUCUCUACGUGGGUGAGAUCUCUCUGGAUGCACUCCUCGGCACUGCGGGGACGAUGGAGUUUGCCCCUCUUUUGCGCAGCCCAUCCUUCAAUGCGGCGUUGCAUCGUCGCGCUGCUUUCCACUUCACCAAGUCCGUUUCCGUCUCAGCGGGGCGUGUGACUCUCAAAGAUAAAUUUCACCCGUUCUGCAUUGAGAUGUGGGUGUUUCCGCGCAGCGUGGCAAAAGACCAGAUUUUCUUUUCCAUCGGUGACAAGAGUGUGGAUGAGGUACUUCUUGGGCUGGAGCCUGUCGGCGACGGGGUUCGGUGGCGCGGUGGUGCUCGCACACCGCGCUUGGGAUCAUCUUUUGCAAUGUACAACUCUGCCGGCAAGCUCUCCGUGCUGGAACGCUGGUGGCAUGUCGCUCUCAACUUCAAUGGAGCGGCGUGGGAGCUGUGGCUCGAUCACGAGCUGGUCAGUCGGCAGCCAGCUCUUGUUUCACCCAAUGCCAUCGCCCACGCCAAGUGUGUCGUGGGCAAGAGUUUUAUUGGGUUCGCAGCAGAGGUGCGCGUUUGGCAGCACACCCGCACCGCCGCGGAGCUCGCGCGAGACGCGCGGCGUCCGCUGUUUGGCAACGAGGACGGCCUCUGUGCGUACUUCCCACUCAACGAAGGAUACGGUAAUGUGAUCAUGGACUACACCGCGCACCACGAGCACGCUCUCUUACCCUACGGAGAGCCAUACUGGUGCGCGGUGGAUUCGUUUCCAGUUCUGGAGGAUUCCCUUGACAGCCGGCAGGUGCUUGAUUUUGUGCCACAGGCCUGGAUCGAGGAGGCAGAUGAGGUGUUCUUCGCGGCAUCGCAGGAGUCGUACACCAUCGCCGGCGUGCGCUCUGAUCACACACUGUGCGUGUUCGACUACGCUCGUGACCGGCGGUGCCUUGUAGCGCAGCGCAGCGUCGAGCUGCCGCUCUCUUGGCGUGUAAAAGGCGUCUCUGCGGACCUCGCACGCAAGUCUCUGUGUUGCUGCGCGGUUGCGACGCCCUUGAGCGGUGCAACCGCUGCUGCUACCACCACCAGCGCAGUGCCGCAGGUGUUUCUGUGGGAGAUGUGGGCGUAUGCGGGCCACAGCGAAGCAGCUCCAUACGCACCGUACACGACUGCGUGGCAGUGCGGAAAAGCGGUUCUAGAGCGCAGCACCGCACACGCCCAGCGGAUCCUGAGGGCCGUGCAGUACCUGACGGAUCAAUCUGCCUGGGCCGCAGUAGUUCCACCUUUUGUACUCGACCCCGACGAUGCGGUGCUAACCCUACUGCUUCGGGUGGCCCAGCAGGCGUCCUCGGUACCGACUUCACAGCGCGACUUCGAUCUGGUGCACCAGACCUGUACUCUGCUUCAGGUGAACCUACUCGCUCGGCUGUAUAGCUCACCGGUUGACUUCGCUCUUCGCGUAGGUGGAUGCUACGACUCAGUGGAUCAGCUGUUGCGGGCAGUGACAGAUGGCGAGGAGACGGAUGGCUCUGUGAUGUCCUUGGAGACAUCGCAGCUGCGCGAAUCCGUCAUACUGUUUGCACUUCGCUGCAGUUGUUUGUACGCUCCGUCUUCCUUGGCACUCCUUCGAUGCUGUUGCCAGUGUUUCCUGAAAGAGGGCAGCCGACUGCUGUUCCUAGAGGAACAAUCAGGCAAGCCCCGAGGGUCUGCGGCAGAGACGGUUUACUGCUGCUUGCUGACGCUCUACAGCUCUCUGCAUACGUGCUGCGACCUGCUCUCCUCACAGCCCGCCAGCCAGUUGUCCUCUCUAUUUUCUGCCCUGUAUCAAGAGGCCAUGUACCAAGUGAACCGCUCGCUGCGCGUGAAGAGCGCCGACGGCCUGCUGCGGACAAGCCACUGCUUGGAAGUUUUGGCGGAGGUGCUGCUGUCGGGCUGUGGCAUGGACGGGAAUGCGGAGCGGCUGGAGACGUUGCAGUGCGCAUACAGCACCGCGCUCCUGCGUUGCUGCGAAAAAAUGAUUGACGCAGUGUCGACGGCGUUGCGCCAGCUUCCCGACGCGGAGGAUACGUUUCUCAAGUGCCUGCAGCUCAGCCCAAUAGGAGCGCUGCUUGCCUCGUUCGCUGUGUCCCUGCCACUGCUCCCGACAUCCGCCCUCGCUGCUUGUUCGGCGUCGCUUCAAAGGUGCCGAGAAUCCCUUCUCAUGCUCAUUGACCGUUUUGCCGGUGAAGAGGCGAAACGCUGGGCCUCGCGUCUGUGCGUUGCUCUCACCUACUCGCUAGCCCAGCUAGGGUGCACGUUGCUCAACCCCCUCCCCUCCUCGCAAGACGUAGUGUCAGCGUCGGUGGCGGCGGCUUCUACAGCCUGGGGUGGGUUGCAAGCAGCUUCGGCGUCGCCUAGACCGUCGUACAUGAGUGUGCUGUGUAACGGUCAGCGCCGGCUGAACACAGAGCGUGACGUCCUCAUCAAGAAUCUUCAAAGUGGCGUUGGCAUACUCAGUCGAGUGUUUGAGGAGUUGCAGAUGAGGGACGUCUCAGCCUUGCGUAUAGUACGUGAUGAACAGCUGCGCGAGGCUGAGCGACAGUUAAUGGCUGCCUUUUGUGCACUGCUGCUGCCGACGCAGGCGCUACGUGAGGCCACACCCGAGAGCCUCCUCCCUGCUUUCCAGCUGGUACUCAAAUUGCGGCCGUGGUGCCUGUCAAAGCGGCAGGAGUCGAAGGAGUACGUGGCAAAGAUGCGGGAGCGUGCUGUGUUUCUGGCGUUGUUCGAGCCGAUCACCGAGGUGGGAGACGACGAGGUCGGCGCAGGGCAGGUGGGAGGGACUCUUUCCUCUUCCUCAUCGAGGGCUCGCGCCUGCAGUACCCCUAGCUCGCAUGCUGCACAAGCGACCCAGCGGCAGCGGUGGCGGCGGCUCUUUAAGAACUGGAAGGCGAUGCGGCAACUAAAGGCGCUCAUGUCGUCACGCGAGGAAGUGGCGGACCUGAAUGUCGGCGCUGAGAUCAUUGCUUGCUUCCAAAGUGAGGUGAGCACGUCAGAGAUGAAGGACGCCGUGGCGUGGCGAUCGAAAAAGGCGCAGUAUCGUCUUGUUGGCCUUCAGCUUCUGUGGCAGCUCACUGAGGAAGCGCGGCACAGUGCACUACUGGCGCGUGUGUUGCACCCUGUGAUCGCACGGACCCUGUGCGGCUGGCACUACGCUGACGGCGUCGACGGAUGCUCGAUGGAGCAGCACACUCGACUGCAAGGCGCCUUUUUCUUACUGCUUGAGGCGGCUGUGAAGGCGUACCAGGAAGUGGUGAAGCAGAGGCAGCCGUGGGUACUUCUAUUGGCAGCCCUUUUUUCUUGCCCCUUUCGCCGCACGGAUCUUCGCAAGCUGCGAGCCACCAGCGCCUCCGCCGAGGUAAUGCGCCGUCUCUGGACCUUAGACGGGUCCCCAGAGCUGCUGCAUGAGCGAGUGAACGGCUCUUUGCCGUGGGCACUGCGGUCCAUGAAGCUCUCUUCGGCCGGGUGCGCCUCCACCAUGACUGUCGGGGCUGCUGGUCUGACGCUGCAUUCCUCCGGCGGCCGCGGCAGCUGCGUCGCUCCAUGCAGCUGGAUAAAGUCGGUACGCAAGGAAGCCGCGUCGUACUACUACGAGGUUCAUGUGGUGGAUCUCUACCAGGGCGGGUACGUGAGUGUUGGUUUAGGGCCAGCGGACUACACUCUCUCACAGAUGCCAGGCUGGGACGCAGACUCGUUCGCGUACGAUGGACUUGAAGGAGCCGUGUACACCAACCGCAAUGUGCGUGCGAUCGGCUCCACCUUCGGUAUGGGUGACGUUGUUGGCUGCGGUUGGGACCGCGAGACGGGUGACAUUUUCUGGACCCGAAACGGCAAGUCUGUCUACUCCGUCAAGGCCAUGGUGACAUCGGAGCAACUCAGCCCACUCAUAGGCAUGAAGGGAAAAGGCUGUGUGCUCGUGAACUUUGGGGCGCGUCCAUUUGUUUACCAGAGCGGGCCUGAAAAAGCUGCCCCAGCUGUGUUGCGCGUGGUGUCACCAACGGAACUCGCUUCUGGUGCGCGCCACUUGGGUCCGCGUUUGGAGUUGGAAGUUUCGUGGGACGGAUGGGAUGCGUUUCGCCUCUUAUCUAUGCGCGCAGCGACGGUGAUGCGUGAAGCUGCAUCCCAGGUCGUCUUCAUUGCACCCACUUCGAUGUCAGAGCUUGCGGAAACGGUAGGGCGCUGCCUCGAUGCCCUUGUCGGCGCCUUGGCUCCCUCGGCAGAGGUGCCCCUUUCACAACUGCCGCUUCCAGCCCGGUAUGUGACGACUUUACUCGGUCAUCUGACACUGCUGUGCAAACUUCUUCGGGGCGUGCCAGAAGAUGUCAUUGCCCGUUACACCAGCCGCAUUGCAGCGCUGCUUGCGAAGAUGGUGACGCAGUGGCUCUUGACCACUUCACGUGUCGUUCUCUUCAGCGCGGAGGAGAGCGAGGCGGUGACGGCGCUUCUGAUGGCGUGGUACUACACUAUGUAUCUAACACCGCCGACAGUUGCUCUCGCUGCCGCUCCGGCAGUUGAUUCAAGAAAGGAGGAUGCGGCGAGUGCCAAAACACCGACCUCGUGUGCGGCGCGCGCCGGGCCGUCCAGUGCUGCAACUGCCUCGCCAACUCCUCCCUCGCUGCCGAACUUUCUUCACGUGCUCCUUCAUCUGGCAAGUUGCAUCAUUACCACUGGCGACACCUGCAUGUCUGCCUCCGAGACUCGACAUAUGCUGGAAGGCAACGCACCCGUGAGCAUGAUAACUUCCUGCGACACGGCACACUGGCUCGCAUUGUCGCUGCUGCAACACCUCAACAACGACCACGACGAGCGUAGCCAUCACGCCUGGCAAACGGCGUUACAGUCGUGGCUUCAGUACACGCUGAGCGCUGGCCUGCAAAUUCCUAAAGGCGAUCAGGGAAAAGGCGGAGGCGGCAAAACCAGCAUGCGUGAUAUUGUGCUCAGCCUCGCCAUUCUUGGUGGUAUGCCCAGGCUGGCUGUGCCGGGUGAUAUUGUUAUGGCACAUCUCGACGCGCACACCAUCGCUCCCGUGCUACUCCUGCAAGCCUCGUGGUCGGAGGAGAUGUGUGAAGUUCUGGAGGUGCAAGCAGGCGACGCGUCAAAGACGGGGGCAGCAACAACCAUGCAGUCCACCAUGACUACGCGCGUCAUCAAGAGGCUCCCCCUGCGCUUUGUGCACGCCACCCUGCGCGGGGACGAGCCUCCCAAUGACACCUUUCCAAUCAAGGGAGACACGGCCCACCUAGAGCUCGCCAAGGCGGUGACGCAGCUGGCGCAAGCGUGGUUUCUAGCGGUGACGUCAGCGACGCGGUCGAGUGAAGAUGUGUGUCUUGUCGCUCAGUUAUCCUGUGUACUGCUUCGCUGCGUGGAACGCCACGUCGUGUCGGUGCCGCCAGAGCUGAUUGACUCUCUCUCGAUGCUGACUGGGAUGGCCGACGAUGUCACGUCUAACGUGGAUCAGGUUCGGCUAGAGCUCGUGUUGAGCUUGUGGGGUCUGCUCCAGUGCCGACAGCGUCGCGGGCUUCCCCGAAACACGCUCAGCGCGAUUCGGACAGACCGUGGAAAUUGGGUUGGCAGCGGCGAAAAGGAGCGGCUGGGGUCACGAGGGAACGCAAGGCGCAGCCACAUGUGGGUUGGCAACAGCGUCGCUUCCCCUACGUUCCCUUCUUCGUCGAUGCGGCUGCGGACCUUUGCAGCUCUCGACCCUGUUCUCCACCGCCCUCUGCUAGGCCAAGCCCACGACGAUCCUGAUAUAACCUACGAGGAUGAGGAUGACGAGGGUAGUGAGGCGGCGGAGGAGGAGGACGACUCGGAGCUCGGCACACGCUCCCCGUACCCCCCGCAGGGGUUGGAUGGCAUCGACGAGGAGGAAGGCAUUGGCGAUGAAGACGCAGGGCCGCCCCGGCUUUCUAUCACCGCCUUCACUCAGAUGGGGUCUCGACUUUCGGCGUCCUCUACGCCAGAUGCUCUAUUUGUGCCAGCCGAGCGAGAGAUGUUCGACACGAUUCACUUCAAUGGGGGGUGCGUGCGCCUGGUGGCGGCUGCUCCAGUGGGACUGAGUUUCACGGUGGAUCUUGCACUGCGCAUGACAAACAUCGAGCGACAUCAAAUUCUCUUUGCACAGAUGCUGCGCGGCGGCUCUGCUGCGACAGCGCUGGAAAUGGUGGCCCGCAUUACGAAGGGUAAUUUGGAGUUUGGGUGGCUUCCCUGUCUACCUGGCGGCGAAUCGGAGCUCGACCCCGCCGACCCAGCAACCAUUUGCACCUUCGCCUUGUCUGAAGCCGACCUCAGCAGGUGGAUUCACGUGACCUUUGUGCAAUCCGGCACUACCCUCUCUCUUUUCCGUGGUGGGCUGCUGCUCGACACCCGGUCGAUGAAGACUGGCGGCGGCUCUCUUUUGCAGGAGGAGCUGCGACUCGGUGGCAUUCCUCAGCAACUCAGCUCCAGCGCCUUCGUCGGCGACAUCAAGAACUUUCGGGUCUACGAACUCGCCUUGCGGCCGGCUAUGGUGGACCAGCUGCGACGCCUGAACUCGUCCUUGUCGUUGUUUUUGGAGUCGCACGUAGCGCUGCUGCUGAAGACGACACGAACCGGCGUCGAGAACGCGGCGAAAGCUCUCGCAGCGGUUGUGCUGGACAUCUGGACGGAGGGGGACGUGGGCUACUUUGACAAGUCUGAAGAGGCAGCCGUUUGCCACAGCCAGGUCCACGAGGCGUUCGCGCAGGAACUGGACUUCGGUAGCGAGUCGGAGGAGACUGACCUUCGCGUGCUUAGUGAGCCGCUGCCAUCACAGCAGCCUGUACUGUGGUACAGGAAGCGUUCCCAGUCUCGUGAGCAGCUGCUCAGCAUUUGCUCAAGCUGCCAUCGCCAACUGGCAGCUUUCUACAGUGCUCACAUAUUGGCUCAUGCACUGUGUCGCGUGGUAAAGUCCUCUGAGGGCUUGUCUGAGUCGGAUCAGCACAUCAUGCAUGCCCUCAAAGAUGACGUCUGCGUAGCACGGCUGGCACACUGGGCUGUGUCGACAUCGGGCAAGAAUAUGACGACACUGCUAGAUGAGAUGUGGGCGUCUCUGUGUCGCGUGAGCCGCGGCCGUACCGAGAAUGCUGCGAAAGUGAAGGCAAUGUGGGAUAUGGGGAAUGCGUUACUGAUGGAGUUGCUCCGCAUUGCCCAGCGGUCGCCGCACACUCGCAUAUUUGAGUCGGCGCACCCUCAGCGGCCGUUUGCCUCGAAUGUGUACAGGGUGCAGAUGCCAGGCCAGCGCUCCUACGCUGUGUUCGUGGAUGAGCGUAGCGUGGCCAGCUGGAGAAUUGUAACCGUCUCUGCUGACCGAACGCUGGGAUCGAUGCUAUCCGAGUUCUGCAGCACAGCGCUUUCCUCGUUUGAGGUGUGCUUGCCGCAGUUCUUCCUGGCAGUGCGAUCGGCAGCGGAGUCAUUCAACUGGGGCCAUCGUAUCGCUGUCGUUCACGAUUACCAACCGCAGCUGCGGGCGAUGCGUCUCUUUCAAAGCGCACUCUCCGCCUUUCUCACACUUGACUCUCCGGCCAGCUCGGCAGUGGCGUGCGUUUGGUCGGUGGAGUGUCUCAAGGCUCUGCAGACCGUGGCGCAGCGUAAUACUAGUAAAACGCGACUUCUUGCUUUCUCUUGCCUCAACCACCUGCUCUUGUUCAGUCAGCGCUUCCGUACAACCCCACCGCCGCUGUCGUUGCCGUUGCUCCUGCACGACGUUCGCCGCAUGGCACUGCGCCACUACCGCCGCCGUCUCCCUACGCAGCGUGUGCUCGGCCGCUUUAUUCAGAUGAGCAUGGAGGCCUACGUUAUGCAGCGGGAUGUAGACCAGUGCUGGGAGGCCGCGCGAACGCCGCGAGUGCAGGAUGGCGCCCAGUCAAACAAAGGUUCUGGUGCGCUUGAUAGGACCACCGCCCAGAGUGCACCACCGCUGACGGACGCCAGCGUAGAGGAAAGUAGGGCCACUACGGAUUUUCUGCGUCACCGACAAGAGCAGCUGCAGCUGUACCGUCAGCGAGACACUGCCGCCGACCGGGUGAGCAUUCAGAAGGUUUGCAACCCGCAGUCUCUCUCGCUCGAAUGGAACAGCGACGGGGUGUGCAUUCUGCGGAGUGAGGGCACUGGUGGUUCGGUGGUGGCUGGAGUGCCUCUCACUGCAGGUCGAUGGUACUACGAACUGCGAAUCGGCGGGACGGGCGACCUUUCAGUUGGUGUGCUGCCUAUCCCAUUCACUGCUUUCGGUGACCAGGAGACACCGUUGCCGCCGACAAGCGCUGCAAUGCAGGAGCGUGAGCCGGUCACUUUCAAUGGCUGCACUGGUACGUUUCACUCGGCGGAGCAGCAACAACAGUUGUCUUUACCGCCGAGCUCGCGAAGCGCACCGCUGUGGUUCAGCAGGGAUUAUCUGGGUAUCGUCAUUGACAUACCAGAGCAGCGGUGCACGAUCCUCGUGAAUGGGGUCCAGGCGGUGAGCUUUACCUUUGGACCAGAGGCUGCCUCCAUCGAAGGCGCCGCUGUUGCGAACCCCUCCUCAUUUCCUUCGACGGCAUUCGCGAUCGACAGCAGCGACGAGGAGAUGGAUCCUUCCAGUGUAGCGGAGGAGCGUCCCGAGGGUGGUGGCACCGCCCACAGCAGUCAUCGACACCCCAGGCACCGCGCGCUUGCGCGCAGCUCCGCACCAGUUGCCUACUACCCGUAUGUGUCGAUGAGGCAGGCGGACUCGGUGUCACUCAAUUUCGGGGCGGCCUACUUCGAGCACGAGGUACCGUCCGGCUGUUUGCCCUUGGACCCAGCUAACCUCUCUCUGGGCACGAUGUUCCCAUACAACCAGAUGCGCUCACUGCAGGACAUUGCUGCUCACCUUCUCACUGGUGGCCGCUAUCCCCUGCCGCCAUUUUAUUACGAGGAGGCGGACCCAUUUGCCGGUUGCACGGAGCGGGUGGGCCCGGCGCACGUGUCAGUGCAGGCCUCUGCGAACGUGCAGGUGGACAUGGAAGAUGUGAAGAACACGGGACUUGAUUUCGAGACUGUGACGGGGGACUGCGCAGUAGGGGCCGGUGCGUGGUACUUUGAGGUGACCUUGAAGACCCAGGGUCUGAUGCAGAUCGGGUGGAUGCAGAGGGGCGAGGCACCUCACGGCAACGGCCACGGGGUUGGGGACUCCUCUACGUCCUGGUCGGUUGACCUGUUUCGGCGUGUCAUGUGGCAUCGCGGUGUACCGGAACCGGUGAGCAUGCCGCGGCGGUGGGCUACCGGCGACGUGGUGGGCUGUGCAGUGGACAUGACCCACGGAGAGCUGAGUUUUUUCCUGAACGGCCGUCCCAUCACCGGCACAUCUGCCCUCGAGUCCGAGUCGCCGCUGACGGAGACGUGCACCUUUCACGAUGUCCCACAGGGGCUCUAUUACGUCCCGGCGGUGUCACUCCGCUCUGGUGGUGCUGUGAGCUUCAACUUCGGCUCCUUGCCGUUCAAAUACAAGCCGGAGGGCUUCAAUCCCCUCGGGGUGCCGGAUUCGUGGAAUGAGCGGAUGGACACGUUCUAUAACAACGCCUCGGCAGCGAGUACGCAGCAACGCAUGGCAGCGAUGCAGGAAGCGUGGCGAGUGCUCCGCGGCGUUCACCCCACGAUGGGCGGUAGUGUGACUACGGCGGUGAGUGUCGGCAGAGCUUCUCCUGCUCCGCGUAUUCUCGCCACUGCACCGAUAGAAACAGCACGGUUGUGGUCCAUGGAUGCGUUUGAGAAGAACUUGCUUCCAUAUCGUCUCGUCGUCCACGCCAUCGACAACUUCUCAAGCGACGUCACGCAGUCGUUCACGAAGAACGCCGAGGAGGAGCUGGCACACUAUCUCGCCACCUUCGCGUACCCUGACCAUGGCAGCGGCGGGGUCAGCGCUGCUACGGUAGCGGAGCGCUCGUGGGACAUAUUCAAGGUGCUGCGAGCCGUCAGCAAAGUUGUCAACGCCCUUCUUCCAUUUUUGGCUCUCAACACAGCUCACCCGACACUCAUGACUCUUUUGUUUCUAUCGCUGCGCACGCUGCUAUUCCGCUCUGUGCGGCGGAAGCUUGUUGAGAGCUUGCUCAGCGUAUCCUCAGUGCGCUCAGAGCAGUACCGCAUCUGCAUUAACCGUGCCAAGGCGCACACGGAGAGGCAGUCGAUCAAGUCUUCGGUGUUUGGUCAAACCUUCGCCCUGCUAGGCUCCCACUCGUCACGCGUUUUUCAGACCCACCAGCGUUUCUGGAGCACUGUUUUCCUUGGCGAGGGUGCCGAGGACGCGGGCGGUCCUUUUCGCGAGCACCUGAGCGAGAUGUGCCGCGAGCUCAUGUCCGGCCGUCUGCCGUUCUUUGUGCCCACCGCAAACCACGUGCAUAACACUGGAAGCCACCGCGAGGCGUACGUGCCGGCCGCUUCUGCCUGUUCCUCCUACGACCUGGAGGCAUUUGUAUUCAUUGGUAAGCUAGUCGGUGGUGCGCUGCGGAGCGAGGACCCGCUCGAUUUGUUUCUUCCGCCACUAGUGUGGCGCUACCUGUGCGCCUACCCCAUCACGGAGACAGAGGUCGAGCAAGUCGAUGCGAUCUGUGUGCAGUGCAUUCGCGAGUUCCGCACCCUCAGUGCUGCAUCCACGCCUGUGGCACCGACAGACGGGGUUGAGGCAGGGGGCACCGAAACGGAGCUCUUCGAAGACGUCUUCGGUGAUGAAUUCUUCGUAACGCAGCUGAGCGACCACUCGACAAAGGAGCUGAUUGAGGGAGGGGCGCAGACGCGAGUGACGCUGGCACGCAGCAACGAGUAUGCCGAGGCGUUGCUGCAGGCGCGGCUCCACGAGUUUGACCUGCAGCUGCACAGGAUGCGAGAAGGACUGUUGUCGGUGGUGCCGGAGGUGGCCGUGCUGCUCUUGACUCCGGAGGAGUUGGAGCUGCGCGUGUGUGGGCAGGCGGACUAUACGCCAGAGGAGCUGCGUAAGGGGGCGUCUUACGAAGGCUUGACAAGUGAGGAUCGACGUGUGCAGUUGUUAUGGAAGGCGCUCGAAGAGGCCACGCCGCUACAGCGGCGACUUUUUCUCCGUUUUGUGUCGGGACGCGAUCGGAUGCCGGUGAAGCUACGUAUUCUGCCCCUUACCACGCAGGCCGAUGCCGACACGAUUCUUCCACGUGCGGCGACGUGCUUCUUCGCUAUUGAGGUGCCAGACUACAGCACGCUAGAGGUUAUGAAGCGGAAACUCUACUACAGUAUCGAGAACUGUGCUGAUAUGGACACUGACUUCAAUGCCCGAGCUGUGGACGAGGACGAGGGUCCACAGCUCUCCGUUGCCCUCGAGGAUGGCCAGCAGGACAUCAACAUGCUACCCAGCUCCGAGGAGGAAUGA